GCCGGGCAUCGGGAGAAGUGGCUGUGCGUAUAAAAGCUCCUGAUCCCGUCUCCAUGUUUUGUUCGUCUAGCAAGUGCUACCAGACCAUUUGCUUGCUGUUUUUUUAAGCACUGACACAAAUUCAGUUCUGACACCUGGAGCGUUUCAGAGCGAGCCGGCUGGCCAGCCAGCCCCCCGAUGAAUCCUGCUUCUCCCCUCCCACCCCUGCUCAGCAGCAGAGCCGCAAAAUGAGGCAGAACAGGUUUGUCGUCCUGCACGCGCGGUGACCCGAUUCGGAGUAAACCCGGAACACGCCAGACACCGCCUAUAAAUGGGUCCCUGCGCCGCCCGCCCUCCAGGAGCCCGGGAAGAUGCCCCAGGAGCUGGGCAGAGCUGCGGAGGCGACAGGAAAAGCUCUCGCUUGUUCCAAACCGAGGCGGCAGCCCUGAGCCAGCCCCUCGCAGCCCUCACCCAGCGCCAGCGCCAGCCUGCUCACUGAGCAGCGUCCGUGACAGCCGACAUCCUCAUCUCGUAGCUCCUCAGAGAACUCCGACCUCCCUGCACAGUGAGGGCCCGGGAAAAGCAAUCCCGGGCGAGCAUGACUGUGAGGCUGGUCGUAAAGUCCUGGGAGGAGAAGAUGUGUCUCUCCGUGGCACAUGGGCCGGGCCGAGCAGCACCAGAGCGGAAAAUCAUCCUGGUUGGUAAAACUGGAGUUGGGAAAAGUGCAACAGGAAACAUGAUUCUUGGGGCCGAAAAAUUUAUUUCUGACAUCUCCCCCUCGUCGGUUACCAAGGAGUGCGAAAGACAGGAAGCCGUUACUCACCGGAGGAACGUGACGGUGCUUGACACCCCCGGCCUUUUUGACACUAAGAAACAUAACAACGAGAUCUCCAAAAAAAUUGGCGAGUCUUUGAAGCUCCUUUCUUCAGGUGUCCACGCCAUUGUUCAUGUCAUACAGCUGGGGCGCUUCACCGAAGAAGAAAAGGAAGUGGCUAGGGAGAUACAAAGGCUUUUCAAUUUUGAAGCAAAGAAAUACAUGCUCGUCCUGUUCACCCGGAAGGAAGACCUGGGGAAGAAAACCCUGGACGCGUUCUUAGAGGAGGGCGACGACGAUCUAAAGAACCUGAUUGAGACGUGUGGACACCGAUGCCUCGCUUUCAACAACAGAGCCGAAGGAAACGAGACGUCUGAGCAGGUCUCUGAGUUGUUUGACAUGAUCGAUCGAAUGGUGCGUAAAAACGCCGAGCAGCCCUGCUACACCCUGGGAAUGUUUAAGAAGGACAAGACGGGACUAAAAAAAUUUUGUUCUAUACUCUAAUUACUGAUUGUGGCCUUGUAAGGAAAGAAACGUUCCCCUUUUAGAAUGGGGGCUUGGAGACUGGUCGAAUUUUGUGGCUUCUACUGUCAAAUCAUUAGUGUCAGUGAGAUUUCUAGUGUGUGUUGGCAUUUCUCUUAAUUGAAACUUCUGUCACCUUGCAAGGGAUAGUAAAACCUGCAAGAAUUUUAA